CGGCUUCCGUACAAUGUGACAACAGAAGGUCAGUCAUGGCAGCCUGCACCAAAGUGCUCGAUAAAUGUAGCUUUUCUCUGAAGACAUGGCGGCUUUUACAGUUUCACAAUGAACGUUUUUUUUCCACGUCUCUGUGUCGUCGUGCUGACAGUGAGCCACCCAGAUUUGUCCCUCCUCCCAAACCUGUCAUUGUGGAUAAGACGCAGACUGUGACGUCCCUGCGAAAAUUUCUGAGUCCAGAGUUCAUCCCUCCCAGGCAGAGGACGAAUCCAGUAAAGUUUUCGAUGGAGAGGAAAGACAUGGUUCGCAGGAGGAAAGUGCUCGACAUCCCCGAGUUCUACGUUGGGAGUAUCCUUGCAGUGACCAUGGCCGAUAUCAAUGCCAGUGGGAAAACCAAUCGCUUUGUUGGCAUCUGCAUCCAGAGGGGCGGGAAAGGAUUGGGAGCCACAUUCAUUUUGAGGAACAUCAUUAAUAGUCAAGGUGUGGAGAUCUGCUACGAGCUGUACAGCCCACGGAUAGUUACAAUGGAAGUGCUGAAGCUGGAGAAAAGACUGGAUGACAACCUGAUGUACCUGAGAGAUGCUCUGCCUGAGUACAGCACUGUGGACCCAGAGAUGAAACCUAUCCUCGUCGACCCGACCGGAGACGUGCCGCUCAACGAGCUCAAAGUGAAAAUGCGCCCGAAGCCGUGGUCCAAACGAUGGGAACGGCCCAAGUUUAACAUCCAGGGCAUUCGCUUCGACCUCUGCAUGACGCCUAGACAGAUGGAGUUUGUGCAGAAGUUUGCGCAGCCUUGGCUGGAGUACGACAUGCUGAAGGAGUACGACACGUCUGAACUGGAGGAGCAUAUCUUCACUGAAGUCCAGCAGGAGAUGAGCAAGUGAGGAAGAUCCUCAAAAACUGCAGCUUAACUGUCGGCAGAGACUUCUCCAGGAAUGAGACAUGACCGGGAGGUUAAGUUUGAGUGGAUAUGGAUGACUUCUUCUUAGCGAACCGUUUUUAAGUUUAGCGGUUUGUGGGAGAAGGAACCGAUAUGGACUCUGGUUUUCUACAGUACAUUGUCAGAUCUUCAAUAUGUUCUAUAUUUACCCUUUCAGCAUCGUUGACAUUAGCUCGUAUGUUGCCACUAUGCAGGAAUUAAAUAAUUAACAUGUCAAAGUCAUUAAACUGUCCAAGCUCUUUGUUUAUCCUAUAUUCCCUCCUUGGCUCCUCUGAGCAUUUUAGUCCUUAAGUGUCAUGUUGGAUUCAAGUCAAAGAGGAGAUCUGAGGAGUGAGGGGUCAAAGUUACUUCAUUUAAUAAACUGAACUUAAAAAAAAAUAGAGAUCAAUUGAAUAU